AUGAACACUUCGUUCCCACUUAAUUGUGAAAUAACCUCAUUAUCGUUCGGCUGCCUCUCGGUGGAAGAGAUUCGUAAGAUCUCAGUCAAAGAGGUCAAUGUUACUGCUCUAUAUGACGCCAUCGGAAGUCCUGUAGAAGGAGGUCCAUAUGACCCUGCAUUUGGACCGCUAUCAGCACUCGACAUAUGUGUUACAUGUGGCGACACGCAGUCAAAGUGUCUUGGUCAUUUUGGCCACAUCGAGCUUCCUUGUCUUGUAUAUCAUCCGUUAUUCUUUGAACACAUGGUUAAAGUACUUAGAUCGCUAUGCACUUUCUGUCAUCGUUUUAAAGUGGGGCGUUUUCAGAUGCAUAAAUUUGCUGCGAAACUAGUGUUACUGCAUUAUGGACUACUCAUAGCCGUUCGUGAUAUUGAUGGCGCGAUUGUUCCAGAUAUAUCUGAUGAAGGAGACGGCGACGAUUCAUCGAAAGACGCUAAUGUAGAAGUUAUUGAUGAGUAUGUUGCCAAAGUAUUAUACAAACAUAGGAAGUUGAUAAUGAAAGGGGAAGUUAUUGAUGAUAGCGCAACAAAGGAAGAGCGUAAGCGACUGACAACCGAGUUUCUCAAAAAUGCAGCGUCAACAAGGCGAUGCGCAAAUUGCGAGGCUCAUUCAGCGACUAUACGAUCGGCAGGGACUGCAAAAGUUUUCCAAGUUUCUUUGACGAAAAAACAAUUAGACGAAAACGCAGCGAAUAGCGUUGAUCAAACGUUAGACGAGGAUGAAGAUGAUAUUAACGUAUUACCCAUAAGACAGACGCGUGGAAAUGUUUUCUUGACCCCAUAUCAAGUUCAUAGACAUAUACGACUGUUGUUCGAGAACGAGCCAUUAAUAUGUGGACUCUUGUACGGAGAUAACACGUCGACAAAAGGAUUGUUUCAGAAAUUUCAAAGCGCGCACGAAUCGCGUGAUCUUGCUUCAUUGGCUCCAGAUAAACAUGCGAGUUCUGACAUGUUCUUUGUUCAAGUAAUACUGGUACCGCCUAAUCGAUUCCGUCCCACUUCGUCUUUGGGCGAACAAGUAUACGAGAAUCCGCAAAAUGCAAUUUUUACAAAAAUUCUUAACACAUGCGAGCGGAUUCGCGCAUUAAUGACAACAAGUGCGAAAAAAACCUCGGGAGAUCUGUCUACAAUAUCUAUCGAAGAUUUGCCGCAGCAGCAAAUAGCUCUCUUUAAUAAUGAAUGGUUAGAGCUGCAAUACGAUGUUAACGGUUUGGUAGAUUCUACUAAAACGAGACGCGCAUUCGAAGGAUUGCAUGGUGUUAGGCAAAUUUUAGAAAAAAAGGAAGGAUUGAUGAGGAAACAUCUUAUGGGAAAACGAGUCAAUUACGCAGCGAGAUCGGUAAUAUCUCCUGAUCCAAACGUAGAGACCGAUGAAAUAGGUGUACCGGAAAUUAUCGCAAAAAGAUUGACAUAUCCUGAAACUGUAACACCAUUCAAUGUUCGAAAACUUGCAACUGCUGUCAUUAAUGGUCCCCAUAAAUGGCCGGGAGCCACACACAUUGAAUUCGAAGACGGGACGUUGCAGGGUCUAGCAUCCCUCUCUACCGAAUCAAGAAUUGCUGUUGCGAAUACACUUAGCACACCAAGCAUGUUACCAGCGCCAUUCGACAGAUACCAAACAGUAACCAAUACUGUUAAUAAGAAAGUAUAUCGACAUAUAUGCAAUGGUGACAUGUUGCUCGUGAAUCGACAGCCAACUCUUCAUAAACCUUCUAUUAUGGCACAUCGUGCACGCGUUUUACCGGCUGAAAAGACAAUUAGGCUGCAUUAUGCUAAUUGUCAAUCAUAUAAUGCUGACUUUGAUGGUGAUGAGAUGAAUAUUCAUUUGCCGCAGAACGAAAUUGCACGGGCCGAGGCUAUGUUUGUUGGGAGUGCGGGUGAACAAUAUCUUUCGUCGACGUCCGGCGCACCGUUGAGAGGCUUGAUCCAAGAUCACGUUGUCACUGGUGUAUGGCUAUCAUCAAAGGAGACCUUUUUUACUCGGGAACAAUAUUGCCAGAUAUUGUAUGGUGCGCUUAGACCCGAUUCAGACGGUAUUGUUGCUCAACCAGUACUUACCAUACCUCCCGCAAUACAAAAGCCACGAUCAUUAUGGACGGGAAAGCAAGUGGUUACAACCAUCCUAUAUAAUGUCACAUAUGGACACAAACAACUAAAUUUUACAUCACGAACAAGAAUAUCGGAUCAGUAUUGGCGCAAAGCUUCUGCAGAAGAAGCUACGGUGAUUGUGAGCGAUGGCGAGCUGUUAACAGGUGUUUUGGAUAAAUCGCAGAUAGGAGCAUCAUCCUUUGGAUUGAUUCACUCUUGUCAUGAACUGUAUGGUAGAAACGUUGCUGAAAAAUUGCUUGGCAUAUUUGGCCGUCUAUUUACGGCAUAUACGCAAUGGCAAGGGUUCUCUUGUCGCAUGGAUGAUUUGCGCCUGACGCCCAAAGGCAAUAAACUUAGAUGCCAAAAAUUGAGGAAGGGUCCUAAAAUCGGAGAAAAGGCUGUGUGGAAAUAUGUGGGAAUGGAAGAUGAGUUUCAAAAUGCAGAAGAUCCGAGUGUCAAAAGUGAAUUUAUUGGUCGUAUGCGAGAGGUACUCCAAGAUGACGACAAGCAUAAGGACUUGGAUUCGACAAUGAAAUCAGAAGUGAAUGUUUUAACAUCCUCGAUAAUCAGCUCUUGUAUACCAAAAAACUUGUUGGUGCCUUUUCCCUCAAAUAAUAUGCAAAUGAUGACUGCCGCGGGGGCAAAAGGAAGCAGCGUGAACGUUUCACAAAUUUCCUGUCUAUUAGGUCAACAAGAAUUGGAAGGCAGACGUGUCCCGGUCAUGGCCAGUGGAAAGACAUUGCCAUCCUUUAAGGCGUACGACACAUCACCAAUGGCCGGUGGAUAUGUUGGUGGGAGAUUUUUGACUGGUGUAAACCCUCAGGAGUACUUUUUCCAUUGUAUGGCCGGUCGCGAAGGGUUAAUUGACACAGCCGUCAAGACCAGCAGAUCUGGCUAUUUGCAAAGAUGCCUCAUAAAGCAUCUAGAAGGUCUUAUUGCCAACUAUGAUGGCACCGUUCGAAACAACAGCGAUGGAUCGCUAAUACAGUUUCAUUAUGGUGAAGAUGCUAUAGAUGUCACAAAGCAAAAACAUCUGUACAAGUUCGACUUUGUAGCUGAAAACUGGAAAAGUUAUAAUACUAAAUAUGGUGGCGAAGUGUUGGAAAAAGAAGCUACUCAGGCGAGCCGAGUACGAAAACUUAAUAAGAAGGCUUUGGAGAAUCCUAAUAAAUACGGUCCUGUGAUAUCUAAUCCAGAAAUGUUCCCAUAUAACACGCUCGGAUCCGUGUCUGAGCAUUUUGAAUCAAGUCUUCAGAAAUUUAUAAAGAAUAAUAAAAAACUUGUCGGUAAAAGAGAUGAAGAUAAACCAGGAAGAAAACUUUUCAGUUACAUGAUGCAUAAGAAAUAUCAGCAAAGUCUUGUUGAACCGGGCGAGGCGGUUGGUCUAUUAGCCGCUCAGGGUAUAGGUGAACCUUCGACACAGAUGACUUUAAACACUUUCCAUUUUGCUGGCUUUGGUGCAAAGAACGUGACUCUGGGCAUCCCACGGUUGCGAGAGAUUUUAAUGGUUGCAUCGGAUUCGAUUAAGACACCAAUGAUGCGAUUACCGCUGAAGACUGGUGUUAGUAAAAAGAAGGCAGAGAAAUUUCCCGUAACUUUAAGCAGAUUGACUUUAGCAGAAGUGGUUGAUGAAAUUGUCGUUACAGAGAAAAUAGUUCAAGGAAGGCUCAGGGGCAGCUGGAGAAAAGCUUAUUUUGUUAGAAUGAACUUCUUUCCCAGUGAAGAGUAUGUGGAUGAAUAUGAUAUUUCUCCGAAACAGGUGGAAGUCGCCAUUGGAUCCCAGUUUAUAACAAUGCUUCGCACUUCGGUAACAAAGUUCCUUGCUAAAAAGAAUAAAAAAGAUGCGGACAUUGGCAAAGCCUUGAAAUUUACAGAACCAAUUACAAACGAAACUACGGAUGAAGUUGAUCCGACACAAAGUCAACCUAUGAAUGACUCUGAUGAUUGUGAUGGUGACGCAACUGCAUCACGUAUGAAUUCAAGACGCAAACAGAUGGUAUCGUAUGAUGAGCCUGAUGAAGAUGAUAUGGAAAUAAUAGUAGAAUCUGAUGAAAACAAUGAGAAAGAAGAUGAUGGCAACGUUGCAGAAAAAGACACCGAAGAUGCAUCAUCAAAAAAAAAGUCAAAGGAGCAAGGUGGUUUAGCUAUCAGUCAUCAGUUUGAUGUGAAGGGUGAAUGGUGUGAGAUAGACAUUCAGAUUCCAAGUAGUACAGCAAAGGUAUUGAUGCUUGAAGUUGUCGAAAAAGUGUGUCGGGAUGUCGUGCUUCGUGAGGUUCCCGGAAUUAGCAAGUGCUAUCCAGUACAGAAAAUGAAUGAUGGCGAAUACUUUAUAACAGAUGGUGUUAAUAUACUUGGUAUUGUGCAAAAUGGAGAGUCGAUUAUCGAAAUAAACAACAUUUAUACGAAUGAUAUCGCAGCAGUUUUAAGAGUUUAUGGCGUUGAAGCUGCGAGAGCUGUUAUCAUAAAAGAAGUAUCUAGUGUAUUUCAAAUGUAUGGUAUAGCCGUCGAUGCACGCCAUUUGACUUUGGUAGCUGACUAUAUGACUCACGAAGGAGGCUUCAACUCAUAUAGUCGUGGUGGAAUGGAAUCCAACACUUCACCAUUGCUCCAAAUGAGUUUUGAGAGAACAUGUUACUUCUUGACCCAAGCUGUUAUUCAUGGAUAUCGGGACACUUUACGGACACCCUCUGCUAGACUAGUAGUGGGUAAAGUGACGGAAAAUGGAACUGGAUGCUUUAAUGUAAUGCAAACUUUAUCAUGA